AUGAUAAUCUCCAAAGACUCCGUCGCGACUACCGUCGUUGCCAUCGCUGCUGUCCUCGCGAUUGCCCAAGGCGUCGUCGCCUACCGUGUCUCCAACGCAUGGCUCGUCUCGUUAUUUGUGCUGGCGCACGCUCAGGCCGCCAAAGCCGUCGCCAUCCUCCUCUUCUUGUUUGCGGCAGCCGGUCUCUGCUCGCUCGUCCAGCCGCGCGGGCGCCGCAAGGUGCAACUCGUCGUUGUUUUCGUGUUUGUGGCCGCGUACGCCAGUCUCCUUGGUCUCGUUCUGGAUGGAAUGGCGAUCGUCCAGACCAACAUUGAGGUGACGGCGCUCUUCACGUCGUACCAACAUCGAGUCGACACGGUACUCAACUUGGAGCCGGGGUCUGUAUUUUCUCAGGCGAAAGACGCGGGGUACCUCGAGUGGCUCCCAGGCGGCCGAGCCACCUCGGACUACUCACUCGGCCCCAACACGGAGCUCUUGGAAGCCUAUGGCAACUACUCCAAGGCGGCGGCAAGGACGUUCGAUGCUGCGUACUGCCUCGGCCAAGGCAAGACGUUUUGCGAUACGCUCCCGUUCUCAUCAACGAUCGUGCUGCCGGGCAUUUGGCGCAACAAGAAUGCCACGCGCGCCAUGACUUCUGCGCUGGCGACCUUGCCAACGACCUUUGCCAACGUCACGAUCACGUCCGCGACGACCAUCAACAGCUUUUGCGCCCAAGCCGACGCGACGGCGCUGGCAAUGUCCCGCAACGACAACAUGACGCUCCAAGACGUCUGCGUCAGCUGCGCCGAGCUCAUGAAGCCGAUGCCGACGCAGUACGCCGACGUCGCCUCGUACAUUCAGACGACGUGUCCGCUCACGGUCGCGCGCAGCGAGGGCCUCUUUUGCAUGGCGAGAGCGCACCCUUUCGACGCCUGGUCCCCGAUCAACACGGAGACCAACCAGCGUCGCAAGGUGUGGAACGACGAUACGCUGCCGUACGGGAAGCCGUCGAUGAGCGAGUGCUUUGGCCACACGCUGAUGGCGCCCGCCCGACGUGACGCGCGAACGCUGGCGGUUGCCCUUAGUGCGCUCCUUCUUCUCAACGUCGUUGCAUUUGUCUAUCUCUGGCCACUGCGCCAACCCGACACGACGUGGGCGUCGCUCAAGCGCGGAAUGAAGAAGUUGCAGAAGCGCUGGCGUCGCGACGAGCUGUCGAUUAAAGCCAUCACCAACGACGUUCGACUCGUCGAGUCGGGGCCCCUUGCUACCAAUAACGUUGUCGGUUGCCGCACGGUCCAGUAAAUAUCGAUAAUUUCGUAGAUCAAUAGGUUUAGGUUUAGCUUCUUGUAG